UUGUUUGUAAAAGUGUUUACUGAAUAAGCAUCUGUCGUUUAUGUUUACCUCACGUCAUCAAUUAUAUUACAACGAGGCAUCAUGGCGGAGGAGAAACCAUGUAAAAACGAUAUAGGAUCUGUUUUUAAACGUUUGCGAAGCCUCCAGUCGAAUAAGGUUUGUUUUGAUUGCGGAGCUAAGAAUCCAACAUGGGCAAGUGUGACUUAUGGAGUAUUUAUUUGCAUGGACUGUUCAGCUGUCCACCGUUCCUUAGGAGUUCAUCUGUCUUUUGUGAGAUCAACUCAGUUAGAUACCAACUGGACCUGGCUUCAACUACGUGCCAUGCAAGUGGGAGGAAACAGUAAUGCGAUGUCAUUCUUCCAGCAACAUGGAUGUGCCUCUCAAGAUGCCCAACAGAAGUACAAUAGUCGUGCUGCCCAGUUAUACAGAGAAAAGCUUCAUCAUCAAGCUGCUGCUGCAAUGAGGCUUCAUGGCACAAAACUUCAUAUUGACAUUCCACACACUGAAACACCAGCAUCUCCUGAGAAAGGAGAACAAGACUUUUUCAAAGAUAUUGCAGAAGCCCAUCUUUACCAUAAAGAUACUGAAAACUCUAGGAAAGAAGAAUUGCAGAAUGGGUCCUGCAUUAAAAAUUCAAAUUCACAAUCCAACUUUCAAGACACUAAUCCCAGUUUAGAAAUUUCUUUAGAAGCAUUACCUUCCCCUGCAAAACCGAGUGAACCUCGAAAAUCUACAAUAGCUGGACGGAAACCUGCUGCUGCCAAAAAAGGGAUGGGGGGCAAAAAAGGCUUGGGGGCCCAGCGUGUGACAGCAAAUUUUGAGGACAUAGAAAAAGAAGCUGAACAACUAGAUCGUUUAAGGGAACAAGCAGAAUCAGAAGCAGCAACUCCAGUUCCUGUUGAAGAGCAAGAAAAGCAGAUAGCAUCAGUUCGGUUAGCGUACAAGGACUUGAGUUUACAACAGAAAAAAACAGAAGAAAAACUUCGUCAAACGAAUCCCCAGAAAGCAGAGCAGUUGGAACGUCUUGGUAUGGGUUUUGGAGGCAGAAAUGUGGGUUCUGUGGCUCAUUCUGCAGCUUCUGAAAUGACAUUGAUUACUCAAGAAACGCCAUCAAAUGCUCAGAAAAAUCGAGAUGUUGAUUUAGAUGAUGAUUUUGAAUUCAUGAGUUUCACUAGUGGACCUCCUAAGUAUGUUUAGGUUGGGAAUUUGGUUCCUAUCUUUCAUUUGAUGCUUUUAUUACAUAUCAGUAAUAAGUGAAUCAGUAUUGUAUAAAACAUAAAUAAGUAGUUCUGUUAAUUGAGUAAUUGGGUAUUUUCAUAUUUCUCUAGAGACGAUUUUUGACAAAUAAAAAUUGUUGCCAAACAGCGAGAUUUAAUACCUGUGAUGGACAAGUGUUAUAUAUCAUAAUAAACUCAUAAGAUCUUUACUGUAGUUUUAUGUAAACCCUGAUCCUCAAUAAACAGUUGCCUUCUAUAGAACAA